AAUGAGCUUACGUUUGAGGAAUUUAAACAGAGAUAUAUCAACAUUAUUAUAUUUAAGGAAGAUUAUACGUCGGUAACAUGUACGAACUACAGAAAUGUGAAGACUUCUAAAGAACUUGGUGAAGCAAAAAAUCUGAGAAUCGAUCGGGAUCAUAACGGCGCCAGGAAUAUUUUAAUCAAUUCUUGGCGUCCGUCUUCUAAAGUCUUAAAUUAUGAAUCGGAUACCUAA